GACAGUCAGCUCCUGACAGAGGUGCAUUUUGAUGUGACUUACCAAACGCUCUUCUUCAACGCUGACAUCAACUGCGUCUUCCUUUCGGGUUCAGUUUGAUGUAUUUUUAGCUCCUCGGCCACUUUUUGGAAACUGUUAUCGUUUUUCUCCACUUUGACCGCGUGAAGUUUUUCAAACAAGGACAGCAAGGUUUCGCGAGCAGCAACUGGAGUCCUGGAAGAGGGGAGGAUUUUCCUAGAACCGGUUUCCUCGUCGGUUUGGUGGAGUUUGACUGCUGUCAUGUACAGUUAGUAGAAUAUCUACAUGUUUGACAGAAAGGUGAGAGUAACCUUAUGCUUCCCUUCAUCCUUGACGCUGGAUAUCUAUGGAGAGGGGGUCCUGUAUGCUCUCGCGCAGCUCUUGGAGUUACUUGUGGCCGAAGCAACACCGUGAGUGUUGAAUUUACCGACCUGGAUCGCAGAAGACGACUCAUUUAACCUCAUUUGAAUGCCUUUGCAAGGAGUUUGCUGGUUUCUGUGCUGCAGGCAGGGCUUCAGUUUGCUCGGACGGGACUAUGGGGAGAAAGAGGAGGAAGAGUCUUUUGAAUUGCGCAACAAGGAGGACUUGACUCCCAAUGGACGGAGUCCAGCUGAGGUGACUGUUUCUCAACCAACUCGCACAGCCAACGGAACAAACGGACACGCUGUCUCAGACGGCUCAGAGGAGAUGAAGAGUCUGAUCAUUGAGAAGAAUAAGAUGGGCCUGGAGGAAGAGUCUGAACUGCUGGUCAAAGGAUGGCUACUACGGGAGGUACGUGGCAACUGGAUCAAGCAGCGCCGGUACUGGUUUGUGCUGAGCCAGGACUCUCUUGACUACUACAGUGGAUCAGAAAAAGGAGCCCGCAGACUGGGAACACUGGUCCUCACCAAUCUAUGCUCUGUCAUCUGGCCAGACAAGCAGACAUACAAAGAGACGGGCCACUGGAGCAUUACAGUGUAUGGGAGGAAGCACUGCUACAGGUUGUACACUAAGCACUUCAACGAGGCGGUUCACUGGGCAUGUGCCAUCCAGAAAAUCAUCGACACCAAAGCACCAGUGGAAACACCAACACAGCUCCUGAUUCGAGACAUCGAGGAGAAUAAAUUCAACCCUGAGGUAGUGGAGCACAUCUACCAGCACAAUCCCAUCCUGAAGUACACCCAGGGUCCCCUCUAUGCUCCUCUGCUGCCCUUCCCCUAUGGCAGCCUGGAGCAUACAUACCACAGUGGGAAAGGGUACGGCUCAGUGCGGGAGGAGGCCGUGAAGCUCUUCAACUGCCUGCAGCAACUGGAGUCAGCACGAGAGCCUGUUCCCAUCAUCCAGGGCGUACUGCAAACCUGCUUGGACCUACGACCCCUCCGUGACGAGGUCUACUGCCAGCUAGUGAAGCAAACCAGCUACACACCUGCUCCGUACACUGCAGCUCACCUCCGCUACUGGCAGCUGCUGACCUGCAUGAGCUGCACCUUCCUACCUGGGCCCAUUGUGCUGAAGUACCUGCGGUUCCACCUCAAGAGGAUCCAAAGCCACAGUCCAGAGUCUGAGAUGGAUAACUAUGCAUCAUUCAUCAGCGAAGCUCUGGAGAAGACAAAGUGUCGAGAGUGCGUGCCAUCCUGGGAGGAGAUCCAGAUGCUGAUGAGCCGACAGGAGAUGCUGUGCACUGUGCACUAUCCUGGCUCCGGAUCCUGCCAACUCUUCAUCAGCUCACACACAACUGCCAAUGAGGUGGUCCGAAGGAUGCAGGAGAAGCUCUGCCUGCAAGACAGCAAAAACACGUUUGCACUGUACAAGCAGAAUGCACUGCGGGAGCAGCCGGUUGCAGGCAGCACUCUGAUCGCAGACAUCCUGACCAGCCUCUCCUCCAAAGAAUCCGAGUCUAAAUCCCAGUGGAAACUGUGCUUCAAGCUCUACUGCCUGUUGGACGCUGACAGCAUAUCAGUGGACAGCAUUGAGUAUCUCUUCCUCUUUGAGCAGUGUCAUGAGAUGGUGGUGCGAGGCCAGCUACCUGCUUGUGAAGAGGACCUGCAGGCUUUAGCCUCCCUGAGGCUUCAGUGUCUGAUGGGUGACUUCAGCACACAUACUCCAUGCCCACAACUGGAUGAGCUUUACCCGGGUCACAUGCUCGAAGCCCGAGUACUCAUGUCCCUGUCUGCAACCCAAGCCUUGCCAGCCUGUCAGGUAGCAGCGCAGAGCUGUCCUGCCACACAGCGCUUCCUGCAAGGAACGCUUUGGAGUCACACAGCUACGGCAGUCCACAAACAAAAGGUGGAGUUAGACAUGCGGCUGCGGAGCCGACUGAAGGAGGAGGCAGCGGCUGUCAUGGGGUCCAUCUUAGAGCGGUGGAAAAGUCUGUCUGGCUACAGCCGUAGGGACAGUAUGGCUGCCUACCUCACAAUUGCACGCCAGUGGUCAGGCUUUGGAUGCACUCUUUAUGAAGUGGACUUCUAUAUUAGUUCAACAGGGAGCUUUUCCCAGAAGCUGUGGUUGGGUGUAGCUGCAACAUCCGUUUCUCUGUAUCGGCAGGGAGAGGCAGAGGCCCUGGAGUCCUUCCCUUAUGGCCAGAUCUGUUCUUACGGGGUCUCUGAUAGCAACACUUUCAAGAUCACAGCUGGGGAUCGGGAUCUGCUGUUUGAAACUACCAAGCUGACUGAGAUCAUGCAGCUGAUGAAUGCGUACUUCAGUGCCAUCCGUCGACAGAGAGGCAAAGGGGAAGACGCUGACAUCACCAUGGCCUCCAUGCCGACACCCACCCUCCUUGAGCUGCCAUCGCACCCUGUCUGAGAAGGACCCCCCAACCCCUACACACUGUCCUCCUCCACUCCACUCCACGUGGCCCCCGUGAGGCCUUGCCCCCGGUCAUCAGGACACCACGCCCCCUCCGCUGGGAACGGCACGGCAGCCAAAACAAAGAAAAGGCUGUUUUCACUCCCCAUCCGUGAAAAUAAACUCUCGCCGAGCUUUCCAGCUGAAGGAGCUGGCCGCUGGAGGAGGGUAGGGGGGAAGGCAAGGGGGCUCUGUUUUGCGAGAGAAGCCAGAAAGCCACAGAAACCAAUGCGGUUGCUGAUGAGCUGUCACAUACCCUCCACACCAUCCUGUCACGCAACCACCUCCGUUAUCCGACACAGCAGCACCCCUUCAUCCCACCCCUACCUCACCCCACAUCCCCCAUGACAAUGUGAGACGUUUGCGUGAGCCAUGCUACAUCAGGGAGAGAUAGCAUCAUAAAAGUUAGGACUUAACAGGAACAAUAAGCUGUGGUACUCCCCUCGUGAAGGUAUGGCUUAGAGUGAAACACUAGUAUCUCUCUCUCUGUCAUUGUGCCAUAUUUGUUCUGCCUUAACUAGAAGGCAGCUGUCCCUCAUGCACUGCUGGAAUGGUGUUGAGAAUAUUCAAUGACACGCACAUACACGCUUUCUCACAUGCGCCUUUAUGCUGACAAGUUCACCAGAGACGGUCAGUUUUCAUAAGGUCCUGCCAGGCGAGCAUUACCUGGAACUGUUGAUGCAGUGAGCCAUGUGAACUUGGAACUUAAACCAGAUGUUGAACUGAGUAGCAAAGUCAGUCUGGCUGCCAUGUUCGAACAGACUCUUACCUAUGGGACUAUCAGUGCGCGUGUUUGUGUUGAUCAUUUCCUAGAUGACUCAUGAGCUAGUUUAGUUUCAUGUAAACCAAAGUACUCUGAAGAUUCAUCUUCCUCAUUUCCACCAAAUGCUCUCGUGUGUCCUUCGUUGUGCUGCUUGUCUUGGCUGUAAUCCUCGACACAAGAUUUUGGUUAACACUUGACUGACAAUUUUGACUUUUUUCAGUUACUAUCCUAAUGCAGCUCUUCUCUGAGGAAAAUAACAGGUGCUUUUCUUUUUGAUAUUGUUAUAUUUAGACUGUGUAUGUAUUAAAAAAUGCUUAGAGUACACAUAAAGCCCCAAAUCAGACAAGUGAAUCAUCUUAGCAGUCCCCUAUCUAUCCUUUUUAAUCAGACCAUGGAUGCUUUUGUAGAAUUAUUUAUGCAAACUGCCUUUUUUUUUUCUUUACUAUUCUUUAUGUCUUAAAUGCAGACACAGAGGUUUUUCUUGACAUAAGAUUCGCCAAAAAGCUUCUGGUUUUGCUCCUUUACGCUGUUCUGUAAAUCCUGUGUAGCUCCCUCUUUGUUUUCAGUGUCUGACUAUUCUUGUGAAGCCAAAGUAAUGCCAAGUCAUGGAUUUGAGCAUGGACCAAAGACAUUUUGUGUUUGUUUUUCCAAGCAAGCUUUCAUAAUAAGAAACUAUCCCAAAGCAGACAGAUCCCCCGAUUUGUAUUUGACUGUUUUCACAUUCUCUUAUUUUUGUUUUAACUUGAAUGUCACACGAAUAUGAAGACAUCCCGUUGUAUACAUAGUUCACGUUAUUUAAUGUAGUAAAAUGACCUUUUAGGAUUCUGAUAGGCUUGUAAAUAUCAUUUUAGAGUGCUGUCUGCUACACAACAUCAUGCAAUAACCAGCCUGAAGACUUAAUUCUUCUCACCAUGAAAGGCCUUGAUGAGUCGUUGCACAGUCAGCCCUGUCUCCUGCUCAGUCGCAGGGUUUUGCUUUUUCUACUGCAGCUGCAGGCAGCUCCAAGCUACAUGUAUAAAAAGAAAAAAAAAAUUCAAACUGCAGAUUUGGUUGCUUUGUAUUCAGCUUGUUUGUAUGCUGCAUGGUACCUUUUUAUGUAAUGUGUGUAUAGUUACUUGCACUAUUGUUCGUUUUUGACUAACUUGAAAGUGCAAUAAAGACUAUAAAUACUGUAUGUAAUUAAUAAAACAGCACCAUUUUACCGUA